AGGAGUGAGGGUAAGUAGUAAAGUAGGUUUCACGGUGAACAUCACCUGAAUGUGUUAAUUGGUGAAGGUGGGAGAGAUGGUGAUAGGAAGAGUUGAGAGAAGUGAGGAAGGUGUGUGAGGAAGAGACGGAGUAGAAAAAGAAGGGAGUCGCUGGAGGCGGUGCUGGAAUCACGGCAAGCACAUGGCUUACUGAAAGAUGUUGCUCCAACAACUUACUGGCUUCAGUCGUUGUCUUGCAGUGCACCAACGACAGUGCAUCUGCACACACUGUUUACCUGGGAACCACCAAACACUGACCUUUCACUCGACCGGCUGUUCAAAGUGUUGACCACCAAUUUCCAUUCACAUCUUAAAUAUACAACAGCUUACAUCGCGGCCAGUUUCAUCGUCUCCUUCCAGCUUAUUGUUUAAAUUACUAACUUGUAGUGAACAACAAACAGAUAAAUAUUCAUUAAUAUCGCCUCUAUAUUCAUAGUGAAACUCUUCUUCAAGCCCGCUCUGCCAAAGUCCAGUCAAAGUAAUUGGAGAACACAAGAAAUAAUAAUAAUAAUAAUAAUAAUAAUAAUAAUAAGACAAUGUACAUUAAAGAAUACAGAAUAUGUAUGCCACUGUCAGUCGAAGAGUACAAGAUUGGCCAACUGUACAUGAUAGCCAAACACAGCCAUGAGCAAAGCGAAAGUGGCGAAGGUGUUGAAGUGGUCAAGAAUGAGCCCUGCGAACAUCCAGUCCAUGGUAAUGGUCAAUAUACUGAGAAACGGAUACAUCUGUCCAGUCGACUUCCAGGCUGGGUACAGAGUCUUAUUCCACGAAUCUUCUAUGUCACUGAACGAGCCUGGAAUUUCUUUCCUCAUACUAUAACAGAAUACACAUGUUCAUUCCUGCCUAAGUUCUCUGUCUAUAUUGAGACCCGCUAUGAAAAUAAUCCUGCGACAUCAGAGAAUUGUAUUAACCUUGAUGCUGAUGAGCUGGAACAACGAGAGGUGGACGUCAUCGAUAUUGUCAUGGAAGAAAUUGCAGAACAUCACUAUAAACCAGAAGAGGAUCUGAAAAUUUUCAAAUCUGAGAAAACUGGUCGUGGCCCAUACACCAGUGGCUGGAUGAAAAGCUCUGAUCCAGUAAUGUGUUCUUACAAAGUUGUGAAAGUGAAAUUUGAAGUUUGGGGUCUGCAAACCAGAGUUGAACAAUUUGGACAAAAGGCGAUUCGUGAUAUUUUGUUGCUUGGUCAUCGGCAAGCAGUUGCCUGGCUUGAUGAAUGGUUUGGAAUGAGUCUAGCAGACUUGCGAGAAUAUGAAGCUAAAAUGCAGGAAGAAACUAACAAGAAACUUGGAGUUGCAGAUGCCGAAAGCCCACAGUGAAUGAAGAAAUGUUAUAAUUCCACCAAAUUGGAUCAAAAAGAUAAAAAAGAAAAAAAAAAAGGAAAAAUAUUCAAAGAACAAGUGAGAAAUGUUGCUAAAUGUCUGUAUAUUUAUUUCUCUUCUAUCUUAAACUUCUCUAGCCAUCUUAUGUGCCACAGUAAGCAGUUGGAAUGUUAUUUAUUCCUGUCUUAGAUUUUGAGAGGUGGGUUUUAUUUUUGAAGCAAUUUGCAGAUAAACAGUAAUAUUUUAUUCUGGUUACUUGGUGCCAUAAUGUUUUUAGAAUGGAAACCUAGCAGAUCUCUGCCCACAUAACAAAUUGGAAAAUUUCCAAAAGGGGAAAAAUACUCAUUUUAUUGUUUUUAUUUACUUUUUUAACAAUUAGAAAGUGAAAUGGUUUAAUUAUGAUAAUUGUUUUUAAUAAUGAAAGCCGUUAUGUUCUGAAAGCAGCUACCAAAAAAAAACCUUUUGAAUAGCAAAAAGGCUACCAAAGGAUUUUUAACCUCAAAUUUACUAUUUCUUGUAGUUUUAUCUACUUUGAUUUCUGUUAAAAAUUAAUUAUUCCAUGUCACUCACAGUUUAAUUCUUAUAAUGUAUCUUAUUAAAGAUAUUUAACGAAAUGACAAAAUUGAUUGGUCAGAGAAAGUGGCCUUAUAUAAAAGUACAUAGAUGAUUAGAAAUGGAUUCAGAGGUUGGCAUCUUCAGUCCUUGGUGUUUACUAAACAACUUGGUUUGUGAGUGAAUCAGUUAAAUAUAAUUCCUCUACUUUAACUCUUUGUUAGUAUAAUUAGUGGUGGCCAAGGCAAGACCUUAUGAACUUUUGCUCAAAAACAAAAUGAAAUAUAUAUAUAUAUAUAUAUAUUGACUCAUUGACUGUGUUCUCAUUGCUUGCCAAAUGUUACCUGUCAUCCCACCUUACACCUGACAGGUACCAGUAUUAUGGUUACUUCAUGACAAAUUGUACCCCCAUCUCAUUUAAUUAAUUAAUGAUCCCAAAACACUGUCAAAUAAUUAUUCAUCAAAAUAUUAUCUGAUAUUAUAAUUAAAGAAAAAAAAAAAUGUUUUGAAGCAGUUUAUCUCAGGAGCAGAAAGUGCGAAGAUUUUCUUGCAUAAAACAUAUUUUUAAUCACUUUCUCUUGAUAUUUUUACUUUGAAUGGAUGGUCAGCGGAUAGAGUCAAAAGCAACAACCACAUAUAUAAAUAACAUCCAUCUAUCUAUCUAUCUAUCUAUAAUGUGUAUGUGUCAAACACUCAUUUCUAUAUUUGUAAUAUUUUCAAAUGUUUAUUCAAGCAGGGGAACAAUGGCCUGGACUGAUUUUUUUCGAUGCUAAUUUCUAUUAUUGUCAAAACUAAAGUGUUGUUGUCACGUUGUCAUUCUUUAAUUCACCUCGAACAAAACACUUUCAACAUUUGGCCACAAUCAUUGUAUUCUCUGCAAAAUGUCUUCCCAGCAUUGUUUUCUCUGUAAACAUUUCCAGGCAUUUUGCUAUAUUUUUAGCAUAAAUGUCAUUAUUAUUAUUAUUUUUUUUUAAGGCGGUGAGCUGGCAGAAUGGUUAGCACACCAGACAAAAUGCUUAGUGGCAUUUCAUCUGGCUUUACAUUCUGAGUUCAAAUUCCACCAUGGUUGACUUUACCUUUUAUUCUUUCGGGGUCAAUAAGAUAAAGUACCAGUCAUAUACUGGUGUCAAUGAAAUCAGCUAUGCCCUCCCACCAAAAUUUCAAGCCUUGUGAGUAGAAAGGAUUGUUAUCCAGCCAGUGAGCUGACAGAAUGGUUAGAACAUUGGACAAAAGGCCCAUUGGCAUAUCUUCCACUUCUUUACAUUCUGAGUUCCAAUUUCAUCAAGGUUGAUUUUGCUUUUCAUCCUUUUGAUAAAAUAAAUACCAGUCAUAUACUGGUCUCCUAUCCCCAAAUUUUGACCUGUGUUAAAAAUUAUCAUCACCAUCCUCCUUAGGGCAGCAAGCUGGCUCAUUAGCAUGCCAGACUAAAUUCUUAACAGCAUUUCAUCCAGCUGUUUAAUACUGAGUUCAAAUCCUGCCAAGAUCAAAUUUGCCUUUCAUCCUUUCGGGGUCAAUAAACCACCAGCUAAGUAUUGGGGUCAGUGUAAUUGACUUGGUCCUCCACCCAAUCAAAAUUGCUGGCCUUGUGCCUAAAUUAUAAUUAUUAUGGCCGUCGUGUCUUUGAUGACCGGGUGUUUGAAUUUGCACUGUGUUAACAUUCCUGCCAAAACUGUCUGAAAUCUUUUAAGUUUCUUUUGACCCUUUAUGAUAAACAAAAAAAACUGUUUUAUUCUUACCAUUUAUACAGAGGUGACAUUGUGAGUUUAGUUUUCAAUUGUUUCGAGAUCUUUGAUGUCCGUUACUCAAAUUUGACAAUAUUAUACUUUAGAAGUUUCAACAUUAAAUGUAAAGUUGACAAAUAAACAAAAAAAAAAAAAAUGGUUUAGUUUGUUCACAUAAACACGUACUUGAUGGUAACCUGAUCUCAUUUCAUUGUAUGAUAUAACUUUUUUUUUUUAAAUUGCAUACAAUAAAAAAAAAAAAUGAAUAAAGUUCUGCUAUUUGUGUCUUCAAAGAAAA